AUGCACGGUCUCACUCGCAUGGCCCUUAUGGGCUUGGGCUCCGGCCUGGUACACGCUGUGCCCCAGGGCUACAACUAUGGCACCGUGACUACCACCGUGACCGUGACGGCUGGAUGCCCGACGGGGUGUCCUCCAAUUUCGACCAUCACGGUGACGGCGUGCGCCUCGACGUGCGUCCCAGGCCCCCCGACCUCGACUCAGUCGUCUGAUAGCGAGACCCCGACGCUUCCGCCGUCUGGCACCACGACUCCGGGUAGCACCAUCGAGACUUCUCGUACUGAUGCAAUUAGUCAGUCCAUCUCGUCGAGCUACAGCACCGCACCGCCGGAGACUACCGAGACGUCCCCGCCUGGCACCACCUCGGUCCCUCCAGUGAGCUCCUCUACCACCUACGGGCCUCCGACCUCUUCUGAGUCGCAGCCGCCGGAGACCACGGCCACAUCGCCUCCCGAGACCAGUGGCCCUCCAGGAUCCAGCAGCGUCCCGCCCACCUCCAGCGGCUCGUAUGGACCUCCGCCGUCGUCAACUGGCUCUGAGAGCUCAGGCUCCAGCAUGACUCCAGGGACGACUGAGACCUCUGCCACGAGCAAUGUCUCGUCGUCCAGGUCCUCGACCUCGCCUCCUGAGACCAGCGAGACCUCACCCCCGACAACCGAGGCUUCCUCAAGCAGCUACGGAUCCUCGACAACUCUGCCUCCACCAGUGAGCACAAGCAUCUCCAGCCCGCCGGGAAGCAGCACAACAGCACCACCCGUGACCAGCUGCUACGGAUACGGUUGCCAAUCUGGAUCUUCCAGCAGUGAAGUCCCUUCAACCUCAUCCCAGAGCACGGCUUCGAGUAGCUCUGACAUCACCGUGAGCUCAAACCUGCCUAUUUCGCCCUCUUACAGCUCGACAAUCGCCACGUCAGUCACGUCCUCUACAGAAACGAGCGAGACAAUCCCCGGCACCACUGAGACUUCUGGAACCUCGCCGGCGACUUCUGAAACUUCAUCGACGUACGGCAUCAGCUCAACUGACAUCACCACCCGCAUCACCAUUACUGCAACUGGCACCAUCACCAAGACGUCGUCGUCAACCCAGGAGACCGGCAGCACGACGGCCAGUUCGACCGAUGUGACCACGUCGCCGACUGAGAGCGGAGGCACCUCGACCAGCCCCGAGACUACUCCCAGCACUUCCAGCUCGUACGAGACCAGCAGCACUGGCACGACUACGGGCACAGAGACUUCGGCCACCUAUGGCACCACGGCCACGGGCCCCGGCACUUCGGCUACCUACGGUUCAAGCAGCACCGCAUCCACCACCGGUACUGAAACCUCUGCAACCUACGGCACAAGCUCAACUGGCACCCCGACCGGUCCCGAGACGUCUGCUACGUACGGCACCAGCAGCACAGAAGUUCCCACCGGCCCUGAUACUUCCGCAACCUACGGCACAAGCACCACUGGAACCUCAACUGGAACCUCAACUGGACCAGGGACUACCGCCACCACAGAAACCUCGACCGGGCCUGCUACCUCGGCGACUUACGGCACCGUGAGCACGGGGUCCUCAACGGACCUGACGUCCACCAAGACUAAGUGCACUAAGCGCACCACCAGCACCGGCAUCACAACCGGCCCCGCCAGCUCCAGCACCUCGGCCACUGAGACCGGUGCCACAACAAGCACUGGCAGCUCGUCCUCCAUGUACGGUACCAGCUCUACCGAAAGUGAGACUUCGUCGACGGCUGCCACUUCACCUGGCACCAGCAGCAGUGCAUACAGCACCAGCUCAGCGGGAACCCUGACUUCGUCCACGGCCGAAACCAGCUCGACUGCAACCACCAGCUACGGAGGCAGCACCACCACCUCCUCCUCUAGCGAGUCCUCGACGACCGUAUCAGGUUCGUCAUCCACAACUGGCGGUGGCUACGGCUCUCCUACUACUACAGGCGGAUCGGAGACCUCGGGGGCCCUGCCAAUCUCCUCGGCCACUUCGUCCGCACUUAGCAGCAGCGACAGCAGCAGCAGUACUGCGACUGGCAGCGAGUCGUCCGCCUAUUCCACCACGGUCACUAUCACGCAGUCGCAGCCCCCGGCAUCGAGCAGCAGCAGCAGCAGUGGCGGCGGUGGCUACUCACCUAGCCCGACCACAUCGCCGAGCACCUUUCUGACCCAGACGUCGGCUGCCGAGCCCAUCGGUAGCACCACCAGCACCAGCUCCGACGCCGUGACCACUACCACUACCGCCACCGCCACCACCGGCUACGCGCCCGGGUCCUCGGCCUCGACCUCGCAGGCCGCCACGACUACCCCCUGGAGCCCGCCCGGCUACGGUGGGUACCCCGGAUACGGGUAUAAGCGCUGGGCCAAGCGGAACGCUGCCCGCGUCUAG